AUGAUUGGUUUCAAUGUUGAUGGAACAUCUAUAACUUAUAGGAAUUGUCAAAUAAGUUAUGCUAGCAAAGAACUUAAUAAAAUGAUGAAUCAAUAUCGAAAAAUCAAUGAUGUUGAUAAAAAAAAUAAAGUUGAAGCGAUGGCACCAAAACUUGUUCAAGAUAUUUACAAAUUAUUAUGGUUUCGUUUAAGUGUACAAGAACCGGAAGAGGAACUACAUUUCUUUAGUAAGGAUACCAAAAUUGAUUCAAAUUUGAUGAACGGAAUUUGGGACGAUGAUGGUGAUGGUGAUGUCAAUCAAUUAAGUGUAGGUAUUUGUUAUUUUCCUCUUUUUGGGCGAGAUUUGGAGUCUUCAAGCAGAAAAGUAUAUACAACUGCAAAAGUAUUUCCACGAGCUAGAAUUAGUUCAAUGAGAUUAACGAAGAAAGCAGAUGAAGUAUCAAGAAUUUUAAAU